AUAUAUAAGUGGCUUGGCCGUGUCGACGGUAGCAUGUAGGAAUCUCGUUAGUAUAAGUACUUUGUAACACUGACAUAUUGAAAGACUUCCGGCAAGCGUAAUCUGCAAAAAGUAUUAUUCUCGUACAGUGCAUUUGCUUUGCACGUUUUGUCGGUUUUUAUAUUUUUGACACGAUACGUUUUCUUUUAAUUUUUUGCACCAUGGAUUGCUUCCUAAUGUGCUUUUUUAUCCUUGUAUCCGUGCUUCUCAUAUUUACAGUACAGCCAACAGCAGCACAGAAUCCCUGUGCCUGUGGAUUUGCCGGUUACAAAUCCGUAUGCACCGAGAGCGGAAUAACCUUAUCGGCCUGCAGCGCGAAAUGUUACGGUUUGAAAGUCGCUUACGAUGGCAGAUGUGACACUACGUUCUUUUGGCAAGCCAUGAAAGACAAAAUGGAUCCUAACGGCCCUCUGCUGACUCCUAAAGCAAACCGCGAACGCGCCAAGGAUAACAUCUGGAACAACCUGUGGAGACUCUGGACCAAAACCCCGGGUCAAGCCAAACCCACACCUGCUACAACUACUAUCCCAACCACCCCCACGACAACCACAACUACUACGACAAGACGACCAACUACGAGAAGAAAGACCACUACCACCACGACAACGACAACCACCCCGGCACCGGUGUUUGUUCCGCUGGUCACUCUGAACCCGCUGUCGGGUCCGCGCAUCCUCGUCGCUGCUCCCGAACGACCAGCACGGCAAUCGGCGACCUUAGCGGCACCGGCUACACCGUCCGCGGGAGGCGGUAGUUCAGCGCAAAAUCAGCCGGGGAAUGCCCAAGACAACACCGCCACCACGCAGCCGUUAACGGAUGCCGAUAGGACACGGCUGAUAAGUGGCUUAUCGGGGCAGAAGUUAUUGGAUACGUUGAAUGUGCUACUGGCAAAAAACUGAUGUUCUUUCAUUUAUUGUACCUUAUUUGUUGUUAUGUUAUGAAUAAUCGUUUUCGCUCUUAUAUUAAGAGAGGUUGUAUAUAAGUGAAUUAUACACUUAUUACAAUACAAGGUUAUAAUUUACUUUAACUACGGUUACGCCGAAUAGGCGUCGUAGUCCACCCUUAUGUACAGAUACAGCACAAAAGCCAU